AUGAGAUUCUCUACCACUCGCACCCUUCUGGCCGCCCUUGCGGCAGCAGCUUCUGCCCCGUUCGUGCAGGCUGGUCCCUUCACCAUAACCUGGUUUAGUGGCUACAGCUGCAGCGGCCGCUCGCUGGCAUGCUUCGGGUACAACUCGUAUGAGUGUUGCGAACAGCCGCCAUCGCCCUCAAGCUUCCCAUACGCACGUGUCACAAGCUCAGGCCCUGUCGGUAUCGUGGUGUUUACCGAGGUUACCAACACCGGCGGCUGUGGUCUCUGCCACAGCACGGGCUCCAUCAAUAAUUGCUACUUCAACAGCCCCUUUGAGACCAUUCUGGUAGCGUCGAUCACGCAGUGCCGCCGCUCGCGCCGCCGCGACCUCGACGCGACCUCGCUCAAGCUGCCGGCCUCAGAGGCCAUUCAAGAGCCUUGCAACGGCACGGUGCCGCUGACUUUGGCCACAGUUAACGGACAUGAUUACGACCUUACGGGCCCGGACCGGCUAGCCAUUAUGAACGACGUUAUCAACAUGGCAGACGGCGAUGCGUUUGCCGUUAAAUGGGCAGGUGCCUACCUUGGACCGGCGACUGAUGGCACGCCAACGUCGUAA